CCACAUCAGGAUCGAGGGGAGCGCACGCGAGAGCGCGCCCCUUCCGGCAGCGGCCGAGCGCUCUUCGCCACCCCCUCGAGCGGCCGAGCCGGCAUCCGCGCCAUGGAGCCCGAGCCGGCGCGGCCAGCCCGGCCGGCGCGCCUGCGGCUCUGCGCGGUCGCGGCCCUCGUGGCGCUGGCGGGGCUGCACGGAGCGCCGCCUGCCUGGUGCCAGGCCCGGGCCUGGCGGCCAGCGCGCCAGGCAUCGCCAGUGACGGUGCGCGCGGCAGCGAUGCCCGACAUGGGAAAGCUGAUGGGGGCCAUGCCGAAGAUGAUGGAGGGCAUGAAGAAACUCCCCGAGCUGCAGGCGAAGCUGAAGGCCACGCCGUGCACUGGCGAGGCGCUGAACGGCCGCAUCAAGGUCACCAUAACAGGUGACCUCACGCCGCAGGCAGUGGAGAUCGAGGACGCCCUGCUCAAGGAGGUGGACGGCAAGACCCUCAGCCUGGGCGUGCUGGCCGCCAUGCAGAACGCCCACGCGAACUCGGUGCAGAUGUCGCAGAAGCAGCUGUCGGAGUUCUACGGCUCCAUGGGCGUGCCCAUCCCGGGCGGCGCGCCCGCUCCCGCGCCGGCCCCUCCGCCGCCGUCGCUGGACUUCGACCCCAUCGGGAUCCGGUCGCUGGACUGA